AUAAGGGCUGGGGGGCAGGGGUGCCAGUCAUGCUGCUCCGUGCCCAGCUCCAGCUGUGGAGUCUCAGGGAAGUCAGACUUGUGGCUCCAGCAAGAGCUCGGCCAGACCAGAACCAUGUCCCCCUCCCUGUCUGUCCUCUUCUGUCUUGGGCUGUGUCUGGGGCAGGCGACCGAGACUCAGACGGACCCGCUGCCCAAGCCCACCCUGCAGGCCGUGCCUGGCCGUCUGGUGCCUGUGCAGAAGCAGGUGAGCCUGCAGUGCCAGGGCCCCCCAGGCGUGGAGGGCUACCGUCUGGAGAAGCUGCAGCCCCGGAUGUACAAGGACCAGGCGCUGCUGCACAUCCGAGUGAUGAGGCCCGAGAACGCCGGCCGCUACCGCUGCUCCUACCAGAACGGGAGCCAGUGGUCCCCUGCCAGCGACGUGCUGGAGCUUGUGGCCACGGGAGUCUACGACAAACCGUCACUGGCGGCCCUGCCCAGCCCGCUGGUGUCCCCGGGCCAGGACGUGACCCUGCAGUGUCAGAGCCGCUACGGCUUCGACCAGUUUGCACUGUACAAGGAGGGUCGCUCCACGCCCUUCCACAUGCCCGACCGCUGGUACCAGGCCGACUUCUCCCUCUUCACCGUGACGGCGGCCGACAGCGGCGUCUACCGCUGCUACAGCUUCUCCGCCUCCAGGCCCUACCUGUGGUCGGCGCCCAGCAACCCCCUGGAGCUCCUGGUCAGAGGGCCCUCCAAGACCCCCAGCCAGCCGCCCACGGAGCCCCCAUCCCCCACAGCUGCCGUCCCGGCCGGCACAGAAUCCGCAGGACAAACGGAUAUCCAUGUCACCGGCACAGCCGCCCCCACCACAUCGUCCAGGAGCAUCUCCGGCUCCCCGAAGGGGUCCAUUCACCCGCCGGCCCCCCCAGGUCCAGCCCCCCGGCUCUACACCGAGGGCAACGUGACACGGCUGUGCCUGGGUGCCGGGCUGCUGCUGCUGCUGGCGGUGCUGCUGGCCGAGGAGCUGGGCCGGGGCCGCCCUCCCCGCCCGGGGUCCAGGCCGCUGCCCCCGCUGCCCCCGCUGCCCCCGCUGCCCCCCGCCCCACCCAAGGGUGCAGGCUGCCAGCCUGGGGGGCUGCAGACCCAGGAGCGUCCAGACAGCGGCACUCCUGCUCCUUACUGAGAAGGGCUGGGCGGGGGCGGCACAGGUGUUCUGCCAAGAGACUCUCCCGCCUGCCGCUCUGAGGUCACAGGUUUGGUCCCCGGCUCCACCAUCCUUCAGAGCUGAGCAGGGCUCUGGGCUCUCUCUGUGUCUUUCUCUCAUGAAAAUAAAGCAAAUAAAGUACUUUUUAAAAAGAGAGAAGGGACUUUCCUGCCUGAGGCUCUGAGGUCCUAGGUUCAGUCCCCAGCACCACCAUAGGCCGGAGCUGAGCAAGGCUUUGGUGUCCCUCUGUCUGUCUCUCUUUCUGCAUCUUUCUCUCUGUGUCUCUCAUGAAAAAUAAAUAAUUUUGGGGGCCAGGUGGUGGCACACCUGGUUAAGCGCACACACCACAGUGCUCAAGGACCCGAGUUCAAAACCUGGUCGCCACCUGCAGGGGGAAAGUUUCAUGAGUGGUAAAGCAGGGCUGCAGGUGUCUCUCUGUCUCCCUCCCUCUCUAUGUCCCCCUCACCUCUCAAUUUCUCUCUGUCUCUAACCAAUAAUAAAUAAAUAGAUAAAUGUUUUUUUUUUUUUUUUUUUUUUUUUUUU